UAUAUAUUUAUAUAUAUGGACUCUUACCACACGAUUCUUCUUCAGAAAGGCUACCUUGUUCAUCUCAUGGCUUUUGAAAACAAGUCAUCUUACAUCCUCUUUCCACCUUUUCAGCAUUGCUUUCUUGUUUAUCUUUUUCUUCUUGGUUUACCAACUUGUUCGUUUUCUGAGCCUCAUAAAAAUGUAACUCUGGGUUCAUCUCUCACAGCAACGGAACAACAUGACCUCUAUUGGACUUCCCAAUUUGGUGAGUUCGCUUUUGGAUUUCUUCAGUUGGAAAGUAAAGGCUUUUUGUUGGCCAUUUGGUUCAAUAAAAUUGAAGAAAAAACUGUGGUAUGGUCGGCAAAUCGCGAUAAAUUGGCACCUAAAGGAUCCACAAUUCAAUUUACUAGUGGUGGGCAACUUGUGCUGAACGAUCCUAGCGGCAAUCAAAUAUGGACGCCAAGUUCCUCUGGAAGUACUAAUCAAUAUGUUUCCUAUGCUGCGAUGCUUGAUAGUGGCAACUUUGUGUUGGCUGCAGCUAAUUCUGAAAUUUUAUGGCAAAGCUUUGAUGUUCCUACUGAUACGAUAUUACCAUCACAAACUUUGAAUAUGGACCAAACUCUUGUGGCUCGUUAUUCAGAAACCAAUUACUCUAGUGGAAGAUUUCAACUUCAGAUGCAAAGUGAUGGAAAUCUUGUGCUUUGCCCCAGAGCAUUCCCUUUCGAUAGAGUAGGCAAAGCAUACUGGGAAACUAACACUACAGUCUCUGGCUCCCAGCUUGUGUUCAACCUCACUGGCUCCAUUAAUGUCAUUACUAAGAAUAAUACCAUUCUCAUUUCUGUGGUAACAAAUACCCUUUCGCCGCAAAAUUUUUACCUUCGAGCAAUUGUUGAGCAUGAUGGAAUUUUUAGAAUGUAUGUCUACCCAAAGCCCACACAUAAUUCGUCUAUGCCUAAAGCUUGGUCUCAAGUGUCAGACUCUAUAAACAUUUGUACCAUGUUGAAUACUGGUUGGGGAAUUGGAGUUUGUGGAUUUAAUAGCUAUUGUAGGCUUGGGGAUGACCAGAGGCCAUUUUGCACUUGCCCACCUCGUUAUGUCUUACUUGAUCCUAAUGAUGAGAUUAAGAGUUGUAAACCCAAUUUUGUUGCUCAGAGUUGCGAUCCAUCCUCUCUUGAAACUGAUAACUUCGAAUUUGUCACCUUAGAAAAUACGAAUUGGCCUCAGGCUGAUUACGGCUAUUUCAAAUCAGUAAGCGAGGAAUGGUGCAGAAACGAAUGUUUGAACGAUUGUUUUUGUGCGGUUGCCACUUUCAGGAAUGGUGAAUGUUCAAAGAAGAUGUUUCCUCUAACUUAUGGACGAAUGGACCCAAGUGUUGGUGGAAGAGCACUCCUCAAAGUUAGAAAACAAAACUUUACUUUUCAACUUAAUAAUCUUGUUCACAAACAAAGGAACAAACCUACAAUAGUCGUCAUUGGAUCAGUUCUAUUAGGAAGUUCUAUAUUUCUCAACUUCCUCUUAUUCCUUUUGACUUUAUACAUUGGCUAUCAACUUAGGAGAAUUAGAAAAUCAAAGCUUGUUCAAGAAGACCUUUCCAUUUUAGGUGUGAAUUUGAGGAUCUUCAGCUAUGAAGAGCUCAAUAAGGCCACAAAUGGAUUCAUUCACCAGUUGGGACGUGGCUCUUUUGCUACUGUUUAUAAAGGGAUUAUUGACUCUGAGGAUAACAAUAACUUGGUAGCUAUUAAAAAGUUUGACAAUGUGGUGCAAGAAGGAGACCAGGAAUUUAAAACUGAAGUGAGUGCCAUUGCUGGAACAAACCACAAGAACUUGGUUCGAUUUCUUGGGUUUUGCAAUGAAGAAGAACAUAGAAUGUUGGUAUACGAAUUCAUGCAUAAUGGGUCUCUUGCAGAUUUUCUUUUUGGGACUUUGAAACCAACUUGGUGUAUUAGAAUUCAACUUGUUUUAGGGACAGCCAGAGGACUAUGUUAUCUACAUGAGGAGUGCACCACUCAAACCAUUCAUUGUGAUAUUAAGCCUCAUAAUAUCCUUCUGGACGACUCUUUUACUGCACGAAUUGCAGACUUUGGUCUUGCAAAACUUUUGAAAAAAGAUCAAACUCGGACUUUGACAGCAAUUAGAGGAACCAAAGGAUAUGUAGCUCCAGAGUGGUUUAGAAGCCUCCCCAUCACAAUGAAGGUUGAUGUUUAUAGUUUUGGGAUAUUGUUGUUGGAGAUUAUAUGUUGUAGAAAGAGUUUCGAGGAGAAGGUAGAGGAUGAAGAACAAAUGGUGCUAACAGAUUGGGCUUAUGACUGCUUCAAAGAAAGGAAAGUGGAGAUAUUGGUAGAAAAUGAUGAGGAAGCAAAGAUGGACUUGAAGAGGGUAAAGAAGUUUGUGAUGAUAGCAAUUUGGUGCAUUCAAGAGGAUCCAUCCCUAAGGCCUACCAUGAAGAAAGUUUUACAAAUGUUGGAGGGUGCUAUUGAAGUCUCCUUUCCUCCUGACCCAUCUUCCUUCAUUAGUACAAUUCUCUAAUACUUUUCUUUUUUAUAAUGUUGAUGUUAUAUAUUAGUCUAUGGAUAAACUGUAAUAGUAUGUCUAUUUGGCAAUCAUACAUGUUUAGAUUCUCUAUGAGAAAUGUAUUUAUAUAUACUAACUUUCUCUAA